UCAGGAAACGGGUCAGUUUCCGCUUGCAUCCCGGAAGUGACCAACAGCUAACAAAAUUAGCUACUUUGUGACCAAGUGAAGUUUUUUUUUUCAGCAUGUAAACAUUUUUUCAAAAUCCUGAGUGUGCGUAUGACGACCGGAGAUGAGCGUCACUUUGGACGUACGACUCAAAAGGGCCAAUAAAGUUUAUCAUGAGGGGGAGUCUGUGGCCGGCGUCAUCGUGCUGGCAUGCAGGGAGCCAAUACAGCACCACGGCAUCUCCCUGAGCAUGGAGGGCCUGGUCAACCUGCAGCUGAGUUCCAAAAGCGUAGGCGUCUUUGAGGCCUUUUACAACUCAGUCAAGCCUAUAACUUUGAUCAGCAGCAGCAUUGAGGUGGCAAAGGCCGGAAAGAUUCCAGGAGGCAAGACUGAAAUCCCCUUCGAGUUCCCACUCAACGCCAAAGCCAAUAAAACUCUGUACGAGACCUACCACGGAGUCUUCGUCAACAUCCAGUACUCUCUCCGCUGUGAUUUGAAGCGCUCCCUGCUGGCCAAAGAUCUCAGCAGGAACUGCGAGUUCAUCGUGCACAGCCAGCCACAGAAAUCCCAUGUGGGCACCACCCCAGUAAACUUCACUAUCACUCCAGACACCCUGCAGAACGUCCGCGAGCGGAGUUCGCUGCCAAAGUUCCUCAUCCGAGGCCACCUGGACAACACCACCUGCAUCAUAAACAGGCCGCUGACCGGAGAACUGAUGGUGGAGAGCUCCGACGUUCCCAUCAAGAGCAUCGAGCUGCAGCUGGUUCGAGUGGAGACGUGCGGUUGUGCUGAAGGCUACGCCAGAGACGCGACAGAGAUCCAGAACAUCCAGAUAGCUGAGGGCGACGUCUGCCGUGGGCUGCCCAUUCCCAUAUACAUGGUGUUCCCCAGGCUCUUCACCUGUCCAACCUUGGAGACGACCAACUUUAAAGUCGAGUUUGAAAUCAACAUCGUCACAGUGCUCCAUGACGACCACCUGAUCACGGAGAACUUUCCUCUGAAGCUAUGCAGGGUCUGAGUAGAAUGGACUUAUGUAUGGAUCAAUAAAACAGUUGAAGAAUCCAGAAGCUGAGUGACAAGAGGACUACAACACAGGAAGAGAAAUCGCGCACUCAAAUUCACAGUGUGACGUCACGGCGAUUCAUGGGUGACCACAGACGGACGUCGCGUGCUCGCCAAUGACGUCAUCUUUUGUACAAAGAUUAAGGACGACGCCUAAGCUGUGAGUGUCAAUUUAGUGCACCCUGACCAGUGACGUCACUACCCAGCACUGUAAGCGACACCGCGAUGGGAAAACCAAAUUAAGGCAACAAGUACGAGCUUUUGCUAAAUAUAGUUCUGUCUACGUCCUGCAGGUGUCAGUAUUGCGUAUUUCAAGUAGUCACUCAAAACACAUCAAGACGACUGCAGAUGUACAGUUGCCUUGUUUGGGUGCAACUUUGACGUCAAAUCGUUACAAAACCUCAGCCAAACAACUGUACAUUUUCAGCCGCACAUAUUUCAGCCUACUGUAAAAUUAAACGCAUGACUGUUAUAUACUUGGUCAUUCUUAAAAUGUUUGAAAGUAGAUGAGAUUAAACGGGAGAACAGACACCUGGAUGUAACGUAGGUUAGUAUGGGGCGCCGUUUGUAUAGCAGAUCAUGCUGAAAAUUACGACAUUUUCUCACAUUUAGCGCCACACAGUGUUAAAAACGUGGUGUGAAAUUUUUACCCUUUUUUUUUGUUGCACAUUUACAACAUUGUUUAGCAACUUAAAUAUUUUUAUUUUUAUAUAAUAAGUAUUAGAAUUGGAUCUGUAAAUCCAGAACUAAGUAUUUAUUUAAAUCAUAAGUGUAAAUCUUAAAUGAAUUUCCAAAAUGUAAAUCUGAUACGUAUAACCUAAAUAUUUAUUUGAAAUUUAUAUUCGAAAUACUUAUUUUAAAUAGGAAUAUUAUAUUUAUAUCCUAAAUCUUAAAUCUGAAUAUGAAAUCUAAAUGUAAAUACUAAAUUUAAAUGUUUUAUCUGGAAACUGUUGCAACUACAGUGAUCCUUCGUUUUUCGCGGUGAAUGGGGACCAGAACCCACCGCAAUAAGUGAAAAACCGCGAAGUAGCGACGCCGUACUC